CCACUUUCAUCCUCUCUCCACUCCCUCUCUUCGCCCUCUCCCCCUCUCUUGCCCCGUCCCUGCCGCCACAAUGAGGCCUGCCAUCCGCCUCUUCGCCUCCCUCUCCAGAACCACCUACCUCGAAGCCGGCGCGCCCACCGGCCUCACAGGCCUCCUCACCCACGGCACCCCACGCAGUACUCUCCUCUACCUCUACAGCUCGACCCUCGACGCCCUCAAACAAUUCCCCGAGCACAGCGUGUACCGCAAGUCCACCGAAGCCCUGACCAAGCACCGUCUGAGCAUCGUCGAGAGCGUCAAACCCGAGGGCCUGAGCGCCUGGCAUGACCGCGUGAACAAGCUGGUCGACGACCACCCUGAGGCCUUCCGGCGGGUGAAGGAACUGAAUGGCGACGGGUUUAAUAUUGUUUACCGCGAGCCGCCGCCGGAGUCGCACUACAAGAGUGAUGAGGCGCGGGUGAAUGCUCCGUACAAGGCGCGGCCGCAGCUUGAAGGCCCACGCUUUCCCGACGAGGUGGCCGGGCGGGGAGAUGCGUUGGCGAGAGAUGUGAUUGGGGAGGAGCUGAGCAAGCUGACCAUUGAAGCCGAGCCGCCGUUAACCCUGGACCAAGUCGGCGAGAUUGAGACCAAGAUUGGUGCGGGGCUGAUUGAGGAGAUUAUCGCUGUUGCCGAAGGCGAGAAGGGACUUGUGGAGACAUUGAGGGAAGCUAAGGUAUGGGAUGACCUGGAAGAGAAAGUGCCGACCGAUCAAUGGCAGUACAACGAGAGGAAGAACAUGUAGACAGGCCCCGUCAAACGUCCACCUAUGACGGUAAUUGUACAGUGUACGAGCCAAAGAAUCAACAUAAAUCUCACAAUCAAUCGUAUG